CAUUAGCAGCGUAACAUGCUAGCUAGCUAGUGUAUAAACAAUGCUUGUUUUGGGUGUAAUGUAAGAUUUAUCUGUCUAAUUAUUGUACUAAAUAUCGUCGCUAAAUUAUAACCUUAAAGCUUAUAACAUCGAGCAUCAUGGGAACGGAAAACCGACCCAAAAAGAGAAACUAUUCGGAGAAGUCAGGAUCGGAGGUUCUCAGAAGAUGAUGACUGCCGUAUGUUCCUGUUAAGAUCAGAAAACAGCAGAUGCUCCAGGUGGUGAUGCGUUUUCAUGGGAAAGCGCUCACAGAGGAGGAACUGAAAGAUAGUGAGAAAGAUGAGGAUGAGGGUCUGGGUCCCCGGUCAAAUGUCUGUCUGCUGGACCAGCACCAACAUCUCCAGGAGAAAGCUGAAGCUCGAAAGGAGUCUGCCAAGGAGAAACGGUUGAAAGAGGAAGAAAAGAUUCUGGAGAGCGUGGCUGAAGGCAGAGCCAUCCUGAAAGGACUGAAGACACCUAUUCAGAUUCAAGGAAUACCAACCAUAGGGAGCUGGCGAGACAGACACAUAGUAUCAUUGAAUACUACUGGAAACUCCUCGAGGAUGAAGGGGCUCCUCAGGUGCGCUGUGCUCUGUGUAUUGGGGGCAUGUCUGUCAAAGAACAGAUGGAGGUGGUAAA